UCUGUCACUUAGUCCUGCUGCACAAGAAUGACUCAGAUUCUAGUCAGAUGCACAUUGAGUGAAUCUUUUAAUAUCUUCAUUAAGAUAUAAGAAUGAAUAAUAUGAAUUGUAAAUGAAGUGCAUUCUAUCAGUGGGGCUUGUAGAGAAGGGGCUGCCCUUGCUCCUUCACUAUCCGAAUUGCACCAGGCAGACCCCAACUUUACUGAUGGAUAAACUUUUUGUUAAGUUCGUUGCCUCAGGAACGCUCCUUCUGUUUGGGAUCGUGUGUAUUCUACUUCUAACUGUACCUAUACAUGAACUGAGAGAGCGGCCGCAUUACAUGUACGGGAUUGUGCUGGACGCUGGCUCCUCACACACAGCCUUGUACACCUACAGAUGGCCAGCAGACAAGUUAAAUGGCACAGGCGUGGUUGUCCAGUACAGCGAGUGUCAUGUUAAAGGAGGAGGAAUCUCUGCUUAUGCUGGUCAGCGGGGUGCAGCAGGCCGCAGCCUCGAGGCAUGCUUGAAGGAGGCCAUGCGAGACAUUCCCCCAGAUAGACAUCACCGCACCCCUGUGUAUCUGGGGGCCACUGCUGGUAUGAGACUUCUGAAAAUUACCAAUCCCGACAAAGGAUUUAAGGUUCUUCAAGAAGUCAAACAAAAAAUCAAAUCUUUUCCAUUUACCUUUCGAGGGGCAGUCAUUUUGAGUGGUCAAGAAGAGGGGGUUUAUGGUUGGAUCACUGUGAACUACCUCCUUGAAAACUUCAUAAAGUAUGGCUAUGUGGGCCGGUGGCUUAACCCUGGCAGAAAAACAGUCGGAGCACUGGAUUUAGGUGGGGCGUCCACACAGAUCACCUUUGAGACCCCAGAGAAAGUUGAAAACGAGAGAAACCAUAUGACCUUGCGUCUCUACGGGCAAGAGUAUUCCCUCUACACACAAAGUUACCUGUGCUUUGGUAAAGAAGAGGCUCUGCGCAUGGUCCUGGCCUACCUGGUUACAUCGCAGGGUAAUACUAGCAAAGUGUAUCAUCCCUGCUACCCAUCUGACUUCACUGAUGUCUUCAAGCUGGGGGAAGUGUUUGACUCGCCUUGUGCAGCAUCAAGGAGACCCAAAACGUACGACCCUCAUUCGUGGAUCAGAGUGCAAGGCACCGGGGACUACCAAAGCUGCCUUGGCAACACUUCUGAAAUAUUUUCCUUUCACUCCUGCCCCUUUUCUCAGUGUUCCUUUAAUGGAGUUUUCCAGCCCAACAUCAGUGGGGGAUUCAUGGCCUUCUCUGCCUAUUUCUUCACUCACCGUUUUCUCCAGCAAAGUACAGGGAUAAAGAUCAGCACCUCUGCUCAGCUAGAGGAGGCUACACAGGCUGUGUGUAAUAUGACCAUUGAAGAGAUGACCAAGAAAGCCCCUGACUUGAAAAAAUAUCUGAACGAUUAUUGCGCAGUUGCAGUGUAUAUACAAGUUCUAAUGCUUAGGGGUUAUAGCUUUGAUGAACAUUCGUUCCAAAAUGUUGCUUUCCAGAAAAAGGCAGGUGAGGCCUCUCUGGGCUGGGCUUUGGGUUAUAUACUCAGUGUGAGCAGUCUUCUUCCAGAGGAACCUGUGGGGAUCAGGAAGGGCUUGUGUCCUGCGGCAUGGAUCGGUUUGUUGAUUCUCCUAACUGGCCUCCUCACUGCCACCGUCUGUUACAUGGCUCUCCUAGUGAUCCGGAAGAAAAGGAGAAAUGGAGGUGUCUCAUAGCGCACUCUCAUACAGUUAUUUUCUGUGUUUUGUGUCUUUACAAUAAUCUCCACAAAAAGUAUUAAUGCAUUCCAGUAAACGGUCAGUGAUAAUGUUGUGAUAAUAUCUCAUUUAUUAAUUUAAUAUCUAAUUUAUUGUUUUGCCAAAUGGUUACUGAAAGAUAUGAUUUAUGUGCAUCAAACCAUAAAGUAAUUUGAAGUUCAAUUCACGAGAAAAGGAAUUAAUUCUAAAUGCUAUAAUAUGAAAUAUCCUUUAUUACUAUGUUAUAUAAUUUGAUUCUAUCACUGUAUUAUUGUACAUUCACAGUUGUAUGUCACUAUUUUAACAGAUUUCAGUUGAUUUCAUAGUCUUUUUUAUAUACUAAUCAACUUUAUUCAAUGUCUUUAUUAUUUGUCUUUUCUAAGAGAAAUGUCUCCUGUGUUUUGAGUCUCUAUUUUUGCCCAGUUCAUAUUUGUCUUCAGUUAACGUAUAAGAAAUGCAUGACAUUUCACCUGUUUCUCAGAUUGAAGGAAUAAAUCAUAAUGUUAAUAAUUCA